UAAAAAAGACAUAAAAGAUUUGAAAACCAAAAGAAAGUCCUCUUCUUCAUCUAUCCUCUGUCCCUCUCCUUUUACGCGUCUGCAGUUUUGUUCAAUACUUUCUCCAAUUAGUUGAUAGUUGAUGGGGGCGAUGGCGAAUAGUUCCACGGCGUCGUAUGUCGGUUGGGAGGAGGUGGUGGUGUCGAGCGAAAAGGGCCGCCGUAAGGUUCACUAUUACCUGAAGCGCUGCGGCGGAGGCCGAGAUCUGGUGGUUGUUGGAAAGGAGAAGAGCGCAAGGCAUAUGUCGUAUCAUUAUGCGAUUAAAGACAACAAAUCCUUGCUUCCUAUCUUGAACCGUUCUUUUAGGUUGAAGCUGAGGUCUAGAAGAGAGGUCAUCGAUUGGCUCAGUUCAAUCCUUUCAGGUGAACAGCCUAAUGGUUCCCCUAGGCAGUUUCAGGGUGGGAUGGAGAGUGAGUUGGAUGCUGAUUUUAUUAAGCCUCAGAAGUUGGAGCAGUCCAGGUCUGAAUUCACGUGGUUGGGUUCAUCAUGGUUCUCCCGAAAAAGACGGGCCCACUAUCAAUCAUUCCGGCGCAAUGGUGCUGUAAUAUCUGUUCAAGACUUUGUGUAUGUAUUGGCAGAAGAAGGCAAAAGACUUGUUGCUUACUUGGAUGAUAUGUAUGAAGACACUAGAGGCAACAAGAUGGUUGUGGUACGAUGGUUUCACAAAAUUGAUGAGGUUGGUUUUGUUUUGCCUCGUAAAUAUAAUGACAGAGAGAUUUUCUUUUCUCUUUGUCUUCAAGAUCUCAGUAUUGAGUGCAUAGAUGGACUGGCAACCGUGCUAAGUCCAGAGCAUUAUGAGAAAUUUUCCGAUGAGGCUGCACGUAUGGGGUUGAUGCCUUAUGUGUGCUAUAGACAGUUUGAUAAUGAUGAUGUCAGACCAUUUGACAUAACACGCAUCAAAGGAUAUUGGAAACAGGAAAUAUUGAGGAGUAGAGCUUCAUUACGUGAACUCUCUGGUGAUGAUCUGAAGUUGAGAGGAUCUAUUGGUGAUGCUGUUGGAGAUAGACCCAAUAAAAGAAUUCGCUGGUCUAAAGAUUGUGAUGCAUACUUGAAUUCGCCUGAUAAAAAAGAGACUAUUGGAACUAGUCUACAAUUUUGUAGUGGCAGUUCGCUUGAGUCUAAAGGAGUUCUGAAAGUGGGUAGUCUAAAAGAAGGUUGCUCCUACUUAUCCUCGUCUGGCACAGAUAAUACAACACCACCGAAGACUGGGUGUCAUUUAACUGUUGGCUCGCAGGUUGAGGUGCUUUCUCAAGAUAGUGGCAUCAGAGGCUGCUGGUUUAGGGCUUCAAUCAUCAAGAAGCACAAAGAUAAGGUGAAAGUACGGUACCGCGAUCUGAAGGAUCCAGUUGAUGAUUCCAAAAAUCUUGAGGAGUGGAUCAUGGCAUCUCGAUUAGUCACACCAGACGCACUGGGAAUUCGGUUGUCUGGAAGGACCAUUGUUAGACCAACCCCGUUAUCUGAUGUCAGCAGAGUGGUUGGUGUGCUAAAUGUUGGUAGUGUUGUUGAUGCUUGGUGGCAUGAUGGAUGGUGGGAAGGAAUUGUUGUGAAGAAAGAAUCUGAAGAUAGGCUACAUAUAUACUUCCCAGAAGAAAAGCAGAAGAUAAUAUUCGGUCCUUGUGAUUUGAGGCGUUCAAAAGAAUGGUUUGCUAGUGGGUGGCAAAAUAUCAAGGAAAGACCAGACCUUGCCUCAGCAUUUUCUGGUAUAAACAGAAUAUCAGAUAUUGACCAUGAUGUUGCACCAUUUGAUAACAAAGAUCUUGCUGGCCGCAUUCAGAAUGAUGCAUUGCCUCAAACCCCGAUCAAGAUUGGCGACUCAGUGGCAGACAAUGUUGGCAAGAUGCCAAUUGAGUGUCAAGCUGUAAGAGACCUCUCAAAAGAUUAUUUACUUGCUAGGUUGCGAUGGAAAUCAUCAGGGAAGAGAAGGCGUUGCCGGAGCCCUGUUCACAAGGUCCACUUUGGUACCAAUGGUAGUAAUUUUGAGACAGGACUGCAGACAUUCAAGAAAUUCUUUGCCAGUUCGUCUUUGAAGUUUGAUCCUGACUACUGCAAAUAUGCUAGUGACUCUCACUUUAGUUCAUCGGUUGUGCCUCCUCUAACAAACUUGGUUAUGUCUAGGUGAUGUUUUUAAGAUCUUGUCUAACUUGUUUCUUGGUCUCUCUAUUAACAAGUAGUGUGGUGGAUCCAUCUGUACAUUCUUGCUGGUGGUUAGGUUGAUCCAAAUUGAUGGCUUUAGAGUAGAUUUAUUGACUUGUGCAGAAAGGUGUUUAAUGGAGAGGUGAGGCGGCCAACCAGUUCGCCCCUUUGUAUACAAUAGGUAAACAGCCUGCUGUGUGGUGUAUUGCCCGUGGACCACAGGCAGCAGUUUUGGUAUAGCGGAAUAAUCCUUAGGUGAUUCUAACUUCAUUUAGAAUGUUUCCUGAUUUUCCCUUAAAUCAUUUGUGAACUAUGUAUUUAUUUGUCAAAUAAUUUUUUUUGUUAC